AUGGUCCGCUUCGUUACUCUUCUGGGGCUUGCCGCCCCGGCCUUCGCCGGUGUCAUGCAACAGCGUGGUGAGGCUAGCUCUGCUGCCGCCGCCGCUCCUGCUGUGAGCCAGGCGUCUGCUGGUGCUCCUAAGUGGACUAUGGGCCCGGAUGGACACAUGUCUGAGUGCAAGACCCCCACUACCACUCCCACCACGACCACCACCACGCCCAAGUCCACCACCCCGUGCCCCACUACUACCACCAAGCCCUCGACUACCCCAAGCACUACCCCGUGCCCCACGACUACCCCCAAGGUGACCACGAAGCCUAACAAGACCUCCACCAUCAUCACUAUUGUGACCACCAGCUGCCCUGUUACUUCGUCUACCAUCGUCGUGGGUAGCUCGACCACCGUCAUUCCGGUUACCCAGACUAGCUCCAUCACCCUCCUCAAGACCGUCGUGAACAGCGAGACUCAGGUUGUUAGCUUCCAGAACGCUACUGCGCCCCCUGCUGCUCCUACCGCGGUGCCGCCCACCCCUCAGUCUGCGGUGCCUGCUGCUGCUGCUCCUGCCGCUCAGUCUGCUGCUGCUGCUCAGUCCGCUGCUGCCGCUCCCGCUGCCCAGUCUGCUGCUGCUGCUCAGCCCGCUGCUGCCGCUCCUGCUGCCCAGUCUGCUGCUGCUGCCCAGCCCGCUGCUGCCGCUCCUGCUGAGUCUGCUGCUCCUGCCGCUGCCCAGCCCGCUGCUGCCGCUCCUGCUGAGUCUGCUGCUCCUGCCGCUGCUCAGCCCGCCGCUGCCCAGCCCGCUGCUGCCGCUCCUGCUUCCCCUGCUGAGUCCGCCGCGGCCGAGCAGCCCAGCAGCCCCGCCCAGCCCGCCACCUUCAAGGGUGCCGGUGCCAUCGUCGAGCCCGCCAUGGGCUUCGUCGCUGUCGUUGCUGGUUUCAUGGCUCUCUUGUAA